CAGCACCUCUGCAGACAGAUGAUCAUGGCAGACUCUGGAAGUAGCGAAGAAGUAGCCGUGAUUGGUAACACCGACAUCACUUCAACGGAAUCAGAGAACAACAUCAUAAACACGAUGGUGGAAAAAGGGACAGCUCUGUUGAGAAAAUUGGAGAUAAAUGUAGCAGAGGCAGAGAAGAGAACGGGGAAGAACACGGUUAACAUGCAAGAAACCUAUACCGUCUACCUCAUAGAAAUACGGCCAGCGGAAACUGUCCCAGAGGGAGGUACGCCAGCUGCACCUGACACUUUGUGGAGACGCUACAGUGAGUUUGAGCUCCUCAGAACAUACCUCUUGGUCACAUACCCCUACGUCAUCGUCCCCCCGCUGCCGGAGAAAAGGGCCGAGUUUGUGUGGCACAAGCUUUCUGCUGACAACCUCGACCCAGACUUUGUUGAGCGAAGGAGAGUCGGUCUGGAAAACUUCCUGCUGCGUGUUGCGUCGCACCCUGUCCUUUCCAAUGACAAAAUUUUCUUCCUCUUUCUCACAGAGGAAAAGGGAUGGAGGGAGGCAGUUCUGGAGACAGGUUUCCAGGAUAAGGCUGACUCCAGACUGAAGUCUUUGAGUGCCAUGUUCAGGGUCAAGAACCCUGACAAGCGAUUCACAGCGCUGAAGCAGUACAGCGACGAGCUGAACACUGUCAUCUCCCAGUUGCUCAGGGUGCGAGCGCGAGUAGCAGACAGGCUGUAUGGCGUUUACAAGGUCCACGGCAACUACGGCAGAGUUUUCAGUGAGUGGAGUGCUAUAGAAAAAGAAAUGGGAGACGGACUGCAGAGCGCUGGCCACCACAUGGACACAUACGCUGCAUCCAUAGACGAUAUCCUGGAGGAGGAAGAGCACUAUGCUGACGAACUGAAGGAAUACCUCUUCUACACCGAUGCUGUCAGGUCAGUAUGUAGAAAACAUGAGCUGAUCCAGUAUGAGCUGGAGAUGGCAGCGCAGGACCUCGCCCACAAGAAACAACAGAAAGAGGAGCUGGCCACCGGGACUGUGCGAAUCUUUUCACUGAAGGGAAUGACCAGCAAAUUGUUUGGCCAAGAGAGCCAGGAGCAGAGGGAGAGCAGGUUAGCAGCCCUGGAGCAGAGUAUCCAGGAGGGAGAGCACGCGGUGAAGGAGAAGAACGCCGAGUGCCAAGAAUUUGUGCGAACAGCAUGGGAAGACAUCGAGCAUUUUAAGGAGCAGAAGGACAAAGAUCUACGUGAAGCACUAAUCGGCUAUGCCAUCAUGCAGAUCAGCAUGUGUAAGAAGGGAAUCCAGGUGUGGUCCAACGCCAAGGAGUGUUUCAACAAAAUGUGAGCCACUUUCCGAGCCAAUCGAGCUCUGCACCAAAACAGUAGUCACUCAGAUUGUACAGACCGGGACCAUCAGCCGUUCAUUAUGCUGUGGAGAUAGGCUGGGAGCCCAAAUGCUGCCUUCACUUUGUUUGCUACGCUGAAUUGAAGCUACUGAGAAUAAUUCCGUCUUCUUUUCUCUCUCUCUCUCUCUUGUCUUUCUCUCUCUCACACACAAUGCCUUUUUAAAUUCAAGUGUCUUAAUACCUCUGUCUUGACUUUCUGCUGAUGUAACCUUCGUACUGCAGACAAUCCAGAUUCUUAAUACUCAUCCUUAGUUGCACAGUUGGUAGCAUGUUCGAGAAGGAAAAAAAAAAGCGGCACUAAUAAUACUGCAUGAUUGUUGUGAGUGAGAAAAGCUGUAGCGUAUUUCAGUUGUUACCUCUCUCACCCUGAAAAAGUGAGUAGAGUGCUGCCUAAUGUUCCGGCACGGGGAAGUGCACGUUAUAGUUCGCGUGACUCGUUUUAGAGUCACCUGCCUUAAAGAAAUUAAAACUGUGUGUGCUUUUCCUUUCGAAAUUCUUCAGAAAGUCUACUCACAGGUGGGGUUUUCACACGUUAAAAUGCCGUUAGUUGUCUGUUGACAACACUGAGUUGAGCUGGAAAAUGUUAUUGGUGGCACUUUCACCAGCGCUAUGCUUAUAUUUGGGCUGAUUUGGCAUUUUAGUUGACAUUUACAAGCUAAAAAGCUGAAAGAUUUUGUCUCUGAAGUCUGUGAAUUAGCCAGGGAUUUUCCUUUAGGAUUCUUUGCCUCGAAUAAUAAUUUCUGUCUUUUAAAAUAUGGCCACAUUAACAACAAAAAAAGAUCAAUCGGGCAGGAAAAAAGCAAGGAAUCAGAAUGUAAGGCAACGGAACAAGCACCACACUUCAGAAAGCCGUGACACUUUCACAUUUCCUUUUUUCUUCCAUGAAGUUAUUUUAUGUGCGUUAAGCUGAAGUCAGUCUUUACGUUGCUGUUGCUCGAUAGCCGACCAAAGUGCUGACGACCAAGUGCUUUCACGGUACAGAUUACAGGCGGAGAACACGGAAGAAGGGCUAACAAACUCGGGGUAGUUAUGGUAAAUAAUUUUUUGUUGUUGUUGUUUUUGUGCCAAAAGAAAUAAGCAGCGAGUUCAGUCAGGAAAAGCCUCGCAACGUUCUGGUUACAGUGUUUACAGUGUCCUUGCAUACCUCCUUGAUCUGCCAAGUGCAACUAUAAGUGUUGUUGAAAGCUACACACAUUCAGACCCAUAGCUGAGUGCUUUCCUGAGCGUUUUACAGCCUUACUACCAACAUUGGUUUUGUACGAUGGAAUGAAUGGAGAAAAAAAAAAAUAUUGACCUUCUCUGCCCUCUGUCAAUGUGCCUCACCCCUUUUUUCUGAUAUUAAGUCAAUGCAGACACAGACCUGAGCUCCAGGCAUCAUCUGUCUUUAAGAAAACUGUUGACCAAAAAGCCCUUUAUGUUGGAUUCUCACAACACACGCUAUAGAUAAAUCAUACACAUGCUACUUUUUCUUCCUUUCUGACAUCAAUCUGAGGAGGAAAAAUUGAUUCCAAAUGGAUCUGACAUCUGAAUGUUGUGCUCAGAUCCUCAGAUGCAACCUUUUUUUCAGAAUAAAACAAUCAAUUUACUGAAACAAUCUCAAAUUGAGGCUUUAUGUGUGUUUUUAUAAUAAAUGUGUCAAUUGUAAUCGUUGUGCCAAGACACUAAUAAACAUUUCUUUUUGUAACCA